AUGCCGCAUCUCAAACUCCGCGACGGAGCCGAGCUCUUCUACAAAGACUGGGGCAACCCCAAAGGCCCCAUCGUGACCUUCUCACACGGAUGGCCCCUAAGCAGCGACAACUGGGAGAGCCAGAUGUUCCACCUAGCCGAUAACGGCUACCGGGUUAUCGCGCAUGACCGACGUGGCCACGGCCGAUCAACCCAGACCUGGGACGGAAACAACAUGGAGACCUUCGUGGACGAUCUCGAGGAGCUAUUCGCGCAUCUCAACGUCCAGGAUGCAGUUAUGGUCGGCCAUUCGCAUGGGGGAGGCGAGGUAACACGCUAUCUGGGCAAGCAUGGUACGAAGCGUGCGAAGAAGGCUGUUCUUGUUGGUGCGAUUCCGCCAUUGAUGCUCAAGACCAGCGCCAACCCUGAUGGGCUCGAUAAGUCGGUUUUCGAUUCGUUUCGGCAGGCUAUGCUUGAGGACCGGGCGCAAUUCUUCAUCGAUGUGCCCAGUGGGCCCUUCUUUGGCUUUAAUCGGUCCGAGGAUAAGAAGAGCGAAGGCCAGAUCUGGAGCUGGUGGAGGCAGGGCAUGAAUACUAGUUUCAAGGCGGCGUAUGAUUGUAUCAAGGAUUUCUCGGAGACGGACUUUACGGAGGAUCUUAAGAAGAUUGAUAUUCCGGUUUUGGUGCUUCAUGGCGAUGAUGACCAGGUUGUUCCUAUUCAGACUACUGGGGCUAGAUCGGCGAAGCUUUUGCCUCAGGGCAAGUUGAAGGUUUAUAAAGGCGGUUCUCAUGGCAUUCACAAUAUCAAUGUGGAUGAGGUUAAUCAGGAUCUACUGGACUUUAUCAAGGCGUGA